AGAGAGCGAGCGAGAGAGCGAGAAAGCGCCUCAGUGACAGCCAGCGCCGCUGCGAAGGCGGAGCGGCGGCGGCGGCGGCGGCGGCGGCGGAGGGCGCGGAGCCAUGCGUCCGGUGCCCGAGGAGAAGGAGGCCGAGGCGGAGGCGAGGAGGAGGCGGCGGCGGAGGAGGCCUCUGCGGAGGAGCCCCGGCGGCGGAGGGAGCGGAGGGGGGCUCGGGCGGCGUCGGUGAGGGCGGAGCGGCCCUUCCUCGCGGAGCCAUGGCCUCCUCCCCGUCCUCCUCGGCCUCCUCCUCCGGGGCCCCGCUUCCGACGGAGGUGAGCUGCGACGGCGGCGGAGGCAGCGUCCGGGUCCGGCUGCCGGAGAAGGAGCCGAAGGCGACGAAGGCGACGAAGAAGGCAGCCAAGCGGCCCGGCCUCGGCCUCGGCCUCGGGGGCGGCGGCGGCGGCUUCGGCCUGGGGCUGGGGCUGGGGCUGGGCGGCCGCCGGGGCUCCCGCCGCCUGCCGCAGCUGUUCGAGCGGGCCUCUCGCCGCUGGUGGGACCCGCGCUUCGACUCGAGCAACCUGGAGGAGGCCUGCGCCGAGCGGUGUUUCCCUCAGGCGCGGCGGCGCUUCCGCUGGGCCCUGGCUUACCUGGCGGCGGCGGGGCUGCUCUGGGCCGCCUACUCCUCCUUCGCCGCCGCCGCCUGGCCCUCGGCCGCCUCGGCCCUGGCGCUCUCCGCCGCCUCCCUGGCCGGGCUGCUCUUCACCUUCUCGGCCGCCUACGCGCGGCGCCCGGCCGCGGCCUCGCUGGCGCUGACGCUGCUGGCGCUGGGCCUCUCCCUGGCGCCCCAGCUGCCCUGGGAGCGGAUGGCGGCGGGGGGCCCCAACGGGACCCUCUCCUGGGGCUCCUGGGCCUGCCUGGGCCUGGCCUCCCCGGUGGGCGGCUUCUCUCUCGGGGCGGAGGUGCUGCUGCUGCUCUACGCAGUCAUGCAGCUGCCGCUCUACCUGAGCCUGGGCCUGGGCCUGGCCUUCUCCCUCCUCUUCGAGGCCCUGGCCGCCCUCCGCCUGCGCAGCCAGCCCUCCUGCUGGGGCCAGGGCCAGCCUCAGCCCCAGCCCCUCUACUGGGAGCUGCUGGGCAGGGCCCUGCUCCACCUCUGCCUCCACGCCACCGGCGUCCACCUCUUCGUCAUGUCCGAGGUGCGCUCCCGCAGCACCUUCCUCAAGGUGGGCCAGUCCAUCAUGCACGGCAAGGACCUGGAGGUGGAGAAGGCCCUCAAGGAGCGCAUGAUCCACUCUGUCAUGCCCAGGAUCAUCGCCGAUGACCUCAUGAAGCAGGGAGACGAGGACAGCAGCGACAACAACCCCGCCAACGCCGCCGCCAACCCCGCCGCCAACGCCAAGCGCCACUCCGCCUCCAGCCCCAAGAGCCGCAAGAAGAAGCCCUCCCUCCAGAAGGGACCCAUCGUCUUCCGCCCCUUCAAGAUGCAGCAGAUCGAACAGGUCAGCAUCCUCUUUGCGGACAUCGUGGGCUUCACCAAGAUGAGCGCCAACAAGUCUGCGCACGCCCUGGUGGGCCUCCUCAACGACCUCUUUGGUCGCUUCGACCGCCUCUGCGAGGACACCAACUGUGAGAAAAUCAGCACGCUGGGCGACUGCUACUACUGCGUGGCCGGAUGCCCAGAGCCCCGCCAGGACCACGCCGACUGCUGCAUCCAGAUGGGCCUGGGCAUGAUCAAGGCCAUCGAGCAGUUCUGCCAGGAGAAGAAGGAGAUGGUCAACAUGCGCGUGGGUGUCCACACCGGCACCGUCCUCUGCGGCAUCUUGGGCAUGAGGAGGUUUAAGUUCGACGUCUGGUCCAACGACGUCAACCUGGCCAACCUCAUGGAGCAGCUGGGGGUGGCCGGCAAGGUCCACAUUUCGGAGGCAACGGCAAAGUACCUGGAUGACCGCUAUGAGAUGGAAGACGGGAGGGUGGUGGAGCGCGUGGGACAGAGCGUGGUGGCGGACCAGCUGAAAGGCUUGAAAACGUAUCUGAUCUCUGGCUUGAAAGUGAAGGAGCCCCAGUGCAGCUGCUCACAGGCCCUGCUUCCGGGUCUGGAAGCAGGAGACAGAACCAAGAUGCCUGGAGCCUCAUCGGUGGAGAAUGUUGGUGACUCAGGAAAGGGUUUCAGGCAGCCAGAAAAGAAUAAGACGUGCCCUUCGUGCAGCAUUACAUUUGCACCUUCUUGUGCUGCGAAUAUAGACGAAGGAGCUAUCCAGAAUGGAGGCCAGGACGAACAUAAACACAGUGCAAAGGGCCCUGGAGGGUGCAGCCCAAAGUCCCAGAAUGGACUUUUAAGUCCUCCUCAAGAGGAGAAGCUGAGCAAUAGCCAAACCUCGUUGUAUGAAAUGCUACAGGAGAAAGGAAGAUGGAUGGGUGGGAGCUUGGAUAAUUCACCUCUGCUGCCAUUACGGUUCAAAAACAUCAGAGAGAAGACCGAUGCUCAUUUUGUAGAUGUGAUUAAAGAGGACAGCUUGAUGAAAGACUAUUUUUUUAAACCGCCUAUUAACAAGCUGAGCCUGAACUUUCUGGAUCAGGAUUUGGAGAUGACCUAUAGGAGCAGUUACCAAGAAGAGGUGAUAAAGAAUGCCCCUGUGAAGACCUUUGCCAGUGCUACCUUCAGCUCACUUCUGGACGUGUUCCUGUCCACGACCGUCUUCCUCAUCCUCUCAGUCGCCUGCUUCCUGAAACAGGGGAUGGCCGGCUCCCCUCCUCCGCCUGCAGCCGUGGUUGUGGUGGCCAUUGCCUUCUUGCUAGCGGUGCUAUCCCUUAUUGUUUCCAUCAGAAUGGCGUUCUUCUUGGAGGAUGUGAUGGCUUGCACUAAACGGCUGAUGGAGGUGAUUGCUGGCUGGCUGCCGCGACACUUUAUUGGUGCCAUUUUGAUCUCACUCCCUGCUCUUGCAGUCUUCUCACACUUCACCUACGAAUUUGAAACCAACAUCUAUCACACCAUGUUCAUGUGUUCUGCAAUCCUCAUCACCAUUGUCCAGUACUGUAACUUCUGCCAGCUCAGCUCCUGGAUGAGGUCGUCUUUGGCCACUCUUGUUGGCGGAGUCCUGCUUCUCUUGCUCUAUGUGCCUCUGUGUCCUGACAGCUUCAUGGAGGAGUCUCACCUUGAUUCAGCAAUGAACUUCAGCUCCAUGGAAAUCUUCAACUCGACCCCAAACUUCAGGUUUGUGAAGAAUGCAUGCAACAAGUCAGGCUCCGAAGACUUCCAGAGGCCAGCUGAUCUGAUUGGGCAGGAAGUCAUUCUGGGUCUCUUCCUUCUGCUCCUCUUGGUUUGGUUCUUAAACCGGGAGUUUGAGGUCAGUUACCGUCUGCAUUAUCACGGGGAUGUGGAAGCAGACCUCCACCGCAACAAGAUCCAGAGCAUGCGAGACCAGGCCGACUGGCUGUUGCGGAACAUUAUUCCCUAUCAUGUGGCAGAGCAGCUGAAAGUGUCCCAGAGCUAUUCCAAGAACCACGACAGCGGUGGCGUGAUCUUUGCCAGCAUUGUCAACUUCAGCGAGUUCUACGAGGAGAACUAUGAGGGUGGCAAGGAGUGCUACCGUGUCCUGAACGAACUGAUUGGGGACUUCGAUGAGCUGCUGAGCAAGGCUGAGUACAGCAGCAUUGAGAAGAUCAAAACCAUUGGGGCCACGUACAUGGCAGCCUCUGGGCUGAACGCCUCCCAGUGCCAGGGUGCCAGCAACCCCCAUGCCCACUUGCAGACCCUCUUUGAGUUUGCCAAAGAAAUGAUGCGGGUGGUUGACGACUUCAACAACAACAUGCUGUGGUUUAAUUUCAAGCUGCGGAUUGGGUUCAACCAUGGCCCUCUGACAGCCGGGGUCAUUGGCACCACCAAGCUCCUGUAUGACAUCUGGGGCGACACAGUCAACAUUGCCAGCCGAAUGGACACCACCGGGGUGGAGUGUCGCAUACAGGUGAGCGAGGAGAGCUACCGCAUCCUUAACAAGAUGGGCUAUGACUUUGAUUACCGGGGGACAGUCAACGUGAAGGGGAAGGGGCAGAUGAAGACCUACCUCUACCCCAAGUGCAUGGACAACGGGGUGGUCCCCCACCACCAGCUCUCCAUUUCUCCAGACAUCCGCGUGCAAGUGGACGGCAGCAUUGGGCGCUCUCCGACCGACGAGAUCACCAACCUGGUGCCUUCUGUACAGAACUCGGACAAGAUGGCCCAUGCUUCAGAGCACAAUGUGGAGAUCAAAGACGGUCUGCCGUGUUUCAAGAAGCUUCCAAAGGAGCUGGUGAAGCCAGAUGACCGGCACAGGCUUGGCAAGGGCAGAGAGAAGUGCAAUGGUGAGGAGCCAGGUCCUGAGGAGGCCAACGAACUGACCAAACUGAACAGCUCCAGGAGUGUCUGAUGCGCUGGGGAGGGAGGUGUCGGGCUCUGACUGCAGGAGCAGCAGAGCUCUUCUUGGCUGGCUGUGUUCUCCGGGGGAGCAGCUGGGAGAGGAAGAAUAGAGGGCAAACUGCUCCGCGGUUGCCUCCUGUUAUGUUGGCACCUGGGUCUGAGUGCGGAUCACAGCCAUGCGGGGCUUUUGCCCCUCUCUCCCGCUCCCCUUGGAACAGUCCUUUGGCUGAGAGGAGACACCAAGUGCCUUCCAACAGACUCUGCUGGACGCCUCAUCUAGGGGCAGAGGGACAAAGUCACACCGCAGGUGGGGACCUCUGUACGUUCCAGGGAUGCGCCGCGGUUAUAUGUCAGUUUAGUUUUUUUAUUAUUAUUAUUAUUUUUGUUUCUUACCAACACUACUCUUCUGUUUCUGUUUCAGCUAUUGCAGCUCCUUUGUACGUAAACACAGGGGGGAAAAUUGCACGUUUUCCUCCCUUCUGUGACUGACAGAAAAGAGACGUAAAAAAAGAGAGGGUCUGUGGCAGCCCAGUAGAGAGGGGCCAGGAGUGGAUCGUGGAGGGCUGUGGGGGGCAUGGGGUGGGACAAGGAACGCCCUUUGAGCUCCACUGUGUGCUGUAACCGGACUGAAGGGGCAUUGCAUGUUCCAGCAUGUGCCCAUUGCCAUCGCCGCACCCUCCCCUCCCCUCCCCAGGAGAAGGGGCCGGUGCGGAUGGUGCCCUAGGAACAAGGCCAGGGCCAGUCCCAGCGCAGGAGCCCUGCUUCCAGCCAGGGCCGGCAAGACCCCUUGAGAUUUCUGAUGACACUACAUUCUCUCAGUCUUAUCUGACCCAAGAGAGUGAACUUGAUCAGUAAUUUGAGACUGCCUGUUUUUCUUUUUCUUUCACCCUCCCUCCCUCUCCCCCAGCUCUUGAUAUUGUGGGAGCAGUAGCGAUUGUAGGGCAGUGGCUGGCAUCACCCCAUAUGCCAGUUCAGCCUGUGUGCUCUCAGCUCAGGCAGGCUUUCCCUUGGCAAAGUUGGUGCCCAAGGGGAUAAGAAUGCCAAAGCUCUCCCGGGUGACUUAUUAUUGGGCAGGACUGGAGCAGUGCUUGUGUCCUCGCUUCCUGUGUCUUUAGGGUCAGGAUGGUGGGAAGGCUCAGGGCUGAGUGGCCCAAGCGUGGCAAGAUGGCCAGCCUGCCUCCCUUACCUUUGGAGAGGAAUCUGGCCUUCUUCCACUUUUAUUUGGUGCAUCUCCAGUCCAUGCCAAACGCCUCUAGGUCCUGUGUAGCCAAAUUAGAGAGGAUCCACUUGUUCAGCCAUCAUCUACCGAACAGGUGGAAACAAAAGGCAGUUUUCUUCCUGAGUGCAGAAGACAGGGAAGGGAGUCAAGCCUGUCUUGAGUUGCACCUUCCUGGGUUUCCUGGUGCCUAGGUCCGUGCAGGGAGCCCCUGUGUCCCUUUUACUGCAAUGCCCACGGACCCUUCACAAGCGAGGAGGCCAGGAUGCAGUGGUGCCUUUGAGCUAAGACCUUAUGCAAGUGCAUCCUAGGAGUUUAUUGUCCUAAAGGGUCUUUCUCUUGACCCCGUUCAAAUAAGGCUUUUUCUGCCUCUUCCCUUUUGCAUGCCACGCAUAUUUAUAACGGCUGCAUUGAACAGCAUUGUAAAAUAUGCAUCUUUGGGGAGAGGUUCAGGGGGGUGGGGGUGGGAAAAAAGGGGUAGUCUCUUUCCAGCAGAGGCCCAGGUGCCGAAGGCCAGGCGGGGCCUCCAUCCUUGACUUCCUUUGCCGCAAGGAUAACGCUGCAUGCUUCUCCAGACGUAGUGACAAGCAAGGGCAACCGUCUUCUCUUCUUCACUCUCAAGUACUGUACUAGCCUUCACUGUGGCUGCAAUCCUAAGCACAUUUACUAGGAAUUACCUCCGGUGUAUGGGAUGGACUGACUUCUGAAUAAAGGUGUGCAGGAGCAGGCUG